AUGGACUCUUACUCCUCUCACCGCGACUCCUCCGCGCGCUCGCCGGGCGACAGGACGUGGAGCAGUCGCGACGAGCCACGAAAAGAGGAACGUGGCGACACAUUCUAUCGCGGCAGAUCUCCUGGCCACGAUCGCCGUGAUAGACGUCGCUCUCGAUCUCCCGCACCCGUCGAUCGAUACGAGCCUCGAGGUCGCGGUCGCGACGAAUACACAAGCGGACGCGACAGAGACGACCGUCGAGGAAACAGAGAUGACCGGGAUAGGCGCAUGGGAUCUCCCCCGGCCAACAUCGAUCGAUACGUUCCAGGACAAGACAGCGGUCCUACUCCAUUGACCGUCAACCCUCUCGCGGAUCCGGUUAAGCUCCCUUACCAAGUGGGCUUUUCGUACUUUGGAGAAUGGUGGAGGAUGAAUGAGAAGAUCAAGGAGGAGAAGGAACGCCAGCGUACUGGUCGCCGUCGCGAGCCUGAACGCGUUCGAGGUCCCCGCGAGGCCCAAGAAGAGCGCGAGAAGGAGAAGGCAAAGAUCCAAGUUGCUUAUGACGCCUACAAAGAAGAGCUUCAGGCCAAGAUGGCACGCACUUUCGUUGCAGAGCACAAGAAAGAGCAGUGGUUCCGCGAGCGCUACGUCCCUGAGAUCCGCGACGGCUUCAGGUCACAGCUUAACGAGUUCCGCCGAGGCACGUACGGUCAGUGGGAGCAGGAUCUCGAAUCGGGAACCUUUGACGAGUUCUCCUUAGAGGGCCUGCCCAAGAGUGAGAGCAACGGCGUUGGUGGCAUAGUCGAGAAGGAGGAGGGUGAGGCGACGGCAGCCAACGAGAUUUUGGGUGUCGGAGACCUUGUCCCCGCCAAUGGCGCAGACAUUAGGGAUGAGAACCUGUAUCAGCCAACCCUUCUUAUCAAGACCAUCGCACCCCAUGUUAGCCGGCAAAACCUCGAGACCUUCUGCAAGGAGCAUCUUGGAGAGGACGAAGGGGGCUUCAAGUGGCUUUCACUGUCAGAUCCGAACCCCAGCAAGCGGUACCAUCGCAUUGGAUGGGUCAUGCUGCAUCCGUCUUCAGAGGUCGCCCCGACAGUCGUUGACCGCGCGGAUCCCAAGGAUGAAGACGAGGACAUGCCUUUGAAGUCGCCCGCUGUCGUGUCUACGGCUGACAAGGCCUUGGACGCUAUCAACGGCAAGACUGUCAAGGACGAGGUUAGAGGCGACUUCGUCUGCCACGUUGGUGUACACAACCCACCCACUCACCCUCGAAAGAAGGCGUUGUGGGAUCUCUUCUCCGCACCCGAGCGAAUUGAAAAAGAUUUGGGCCUCGUCCAGCGCCUCAUCAACAAAUUCGAGGAGGACUUUGGCUCAGAUUUCAACGCUGUGCUCAAGAUUGAAGAGAGAGUCGACGAUCUCAAGAAUGCGGGACGUCUUCAGCCUGUUGUCAGCGCUACCAAGAAGCCAAAGGCCAAGCGCGAGCGUGAUCUCGAUGUCGACGACGGCAUGGAAGACGGCGAAGACGGUGCCAUUGAUGAGGAUGAGGAGGAGGGCGCUGUGGAUGAGGACGAGACUGACGACGAGGAUCUGCUUGUCAAGAAGAAGCAAUUGGAUCUCAUGAUUGAGUAUCUCAGGCGUGUCUUCAACUUCUGCUUCUUCUGCGUUUUUGAGAGUGACUCUAUCCAUGAGCUCACCCGCAAGUGUCCUGGUGGUCACUUGCGUCGUCCCAGAAGCACUCUCGGCUCUGCAGCAAAGGCUGUAGCGCGUGCAAGCGCCAGUGGAGAACCGUUCCCUGGCAAGAAGCGCAGUGAGAUUGAAGAGGAAGGCGAGGCGGCUGAUACCGACAAGAAGUUCCGCAGUGCCACGGGUAAGGCGGAACAGCAGCUGCUCCGCGCAUACAACUGGGUCAAGACUUUCGAGGACAAGAUCACCCAAAUCCUCGAGCCCGAAUCUAGUGAUCUUCGCAAGCUCGGAGGACGGCCGGUGGAGGAUGCUAUCAGCGAGGAGCUCCUCAAGUACGUCAAGCAGGAAGACGAGCACAAGUGGAGGUGCAGGGUUCCAGAGUGCAUCAAGCUGUUCAAGGAGGAACACUUCUGGCGCAAGCAUGUUGAGAAGCGUCACGGCGACUGGCUCGAAAGUAUUGAGCAAGAGUUCCGUCUCAUCAAUGCCUACGUGAUGGACCCGUCUCACAUUGCUCCGUCAAGGACGGACGCCAACUCCAAUGGUCACUUCCCGCCUUCCAACGGCCAGCCUGCCACUGGAACUCCCAGGGGCUUCAACCUGCAAAACUUCACCAUGAAUGGCAUGAUGCCAAUUCCGGGCUUCCCAAUGCCUCCUGGUGGUUUUGGCCAGUUCAUGGGCGGAGGGCAUCCGGGAGCGCAAGCCGGCUGGAACGCCGGCGGUGAUGAGCGCGGUGGCCCCGGUCCCAUUCGCCGUGGAGGCAUGGGUGGUGGUCGUGGCAACUACCGAAGCGGCCCCUACGAUCGUCGUCCCAACCCUCGCUGGGAUGGCGGCAUGGGCGGAAGAGGCCGCCCCAGCGGUGGAAAAUGGGGAGAUGGCGCGGCCGGAGGUGCUGCCGUUGGCCCUCGCGAGGCCACUCAGGGACGUAGUCUCAAGAGCUACGAAGAUCUCGACCACGUUGCAGGCGGUGGCGGUGGAGAGCUGAAUUAUUAG